AUGGAACCUUUUUCCUACAACUCUCCCGGGUUUGUUAACCUUUUAGCUUCGCAGAGCAGUCCACCAAAAGACGUUGACUCUGCUGAGGCAGUUGGUAACUCACCCGGGUUAGUUAAACCUUUGGAAAGGAGAAAGUGGGUAAUCAAAGAAGACCUUGUGCUCAUUAGCGCUUGGUUGAACACGAGAAAAGAUCCCAUAGUCGCUAAUGAGCAGAAGGUGUGCAAGUUCGUGGGUUUUCAUGAAGCCGCUUUGAAGGAGCAGACAAGCGGACAAAAUGAGAAUGAUGUCAUGAAAGCUGCACAUGACAUCUUCUUAAAUGACUAUAACGUCAAGUUCACACUUGAACAUUGCUGGAGGGAGCUGAGGUUUGAUCAGAAAUGGAGGUCACACGCGUUGUCGAAAGAUGGUGGAAAGGAGAAGAGGAAGGAAGCAUGUCCGGAGGUGGUGGCUGACGAUGAAGAGGUGAGGCCUCCUGGUGUAAAGGCGAGCAAAGCAGCCAAGCGCAAGAAACACGGGAAUGAAGCAGCUUAUGAUCAAAUACAAACCAUGCUAGCUCUGAAAAAUAACAUUUCCAAACAAAAGAUCCUUGAUCGUCUCAUUGGCAAAAAUGAGGAGACUCUUUCUGAUCAAGAAAAAUCCUUUAAGUAUAAACUAAUUGGUCAGAGAGUGCAGGUCACGGGUUGGAGUAAAGGUGUUGGAGGUGAUCAGUUGUUGCAGUCGAGAUCAUUCAAGUUCGUGAUGAUUCCAACUUCUCUCCAUGGUGAUUAUCUAUUACCAGUUCUGAAGGAAACCGACACAUUCAAGUUCGUGAUGAUUCCCACUUCCCAUUUCGCUGCAAGGUGA